AUGCGCCGGUUUGACGGCCAAGGUCGAGGCCGCGCGAUUCUGCCGCGCACCGCCGCGUCGGCAAGUCUCUUGCGUGCCCUCUUUCUAGAAAAUAAUUCCAUGAGGGUUUAUGCGCAAUACACGCGAGUGAACCCCCCACGACGCCCGGCACCCACUAAGGUGACGCGCAAUAUGUGCAAAGUGGCGAUCGUACGUCGUGACGGUAUUAUGCCGGUGAGCACCAUGUGCAUU